GAGAGGAAAAGGAGAGAUAACAUCAACGAAAAAAUUCAGGAAUUGGGUACAAUAAUACCAAAAACCUUUUUUGAAGACUCGAAAGAAAAAUCAAGUGGAACGAAAGAUGGGAGACCCAACAAGGGUCAAAUUCUAACCAAAACCGUGGAAUAUAUCAAAUAUCUACAAGACAAAAUUGAUGAGCAAAACAAACUAGAAAACGACUUAAUUAUAAACUUAAAAAAUCUAGAAAACAUUAAAAAUAUUGAACAAAAUUCAAAACCUUCUCUUCUUUAUUUUAAAAAUACCUCUGCUGAAAUUGCUUUAGGUAAAAUUGGUGUUGGUCCCUUGGCUUCA